ACAGACCAAUUUUAUCCUAGAAGGCAAUGGCCGGGAUAGGGUAAACAUCACCACUCGCCAGGCCGGCACAGAAAAAAAGCUUAUUCAAGAUACAGUAAUGGAAGAACUCGCAGGGACUAGCGAGGGCCAGCAAGAGACUGAAGCCGGGGAACAAGAGAAGGUCUAUGGGAAGCCAAGAGAGGACGAACCGGUAGACAAGGCUAUGACGGCAAAAAAGAAGUUCAGGUACCAAAUUCCGAUCCUGACUUCGCCAGAAAUCGAUGGCACCUUGAGUAAGCUACUGGGUACCAUGGUAUCGGUGUCUUUUCAGACCAUGCUGCAAGCCAGCCUGAGGCUGCUUAAAGGACUCAGGCAGUUGCUAACACGUAAGCACGUAAAGGUAGAGGAGGCCCCAGAACUGCAAGAGCAGGACACGGAAGAGGCCGAGGCGCCGCAAGGAGUCUCCAACCUCCAAAGCAUUCUAGGGGGCCUGGGAAAUUUGGAGAAAGCCUUUGCGGACAUCCGCCUAAGCCUACCGGAUCGUGAAGGUGGCGAAGUCAUGAGGGCGCCACCUGGGACAAAGCUUAGCUUUCAUGCAUUACCAGUUGGGAAACUUAAAGUUCAAAUCGGAACUCACCACACUGAUGCAUUAGUGGACGGCGGAGCAGAAAUCACCCUCAUACAACGGGAUUUCGCAACGGUCACGGGGUGCACGGUAAACAAGGAAGUAGCAGGGAGUAUCCGGGGAGCCGAUGGCAAAAUUCCUUUCACAGGGUAUGUCACCAAAUGAAUGCAUCUGCACGACGACACAUACAUGGUAGACAUAGAGGACCCAGUGACCGGCCACGGGGAACUCCUCCGACUUCUUGGGACCGGAGGGGACCCUCCGAAGGGCAAAUUGGCAACCUGGUCUCCAACAUUCGAAGAAAGUGCGCGGAAGGAGGCAUUCGCACGAAUGGAAGGCAUGAGGGAAAUGGUAGAAAUUAUGAUCGAGGAGGCUUUUAGUAAAAAGGAAUGGAUCAAGAUGGAUCUGCCCGUAAAGAAGUGGAGGCCAGAGGACGAGCCCCUGGGGGUUAUGGUGGCGGAAAAGGAGCUGGAAGUUGAACUUGGGGCUAGCCUACCCAAACCAAAGGAAAGCCGUAACGAGACCCCCGAGCUAGCGCUCGAAAUCCCGGACCUGUUGCAACUUGUGAAGGCAAUCAGGUACCACAAAGUGGGGGUGGACCCGGCACCGCUUGCCAAGUUUGAGGAUAAGGUUCGAAAAGGCUACUGCCUGAAUGAGAAGAUAGUUAGCAUUCAGCCUCGUAUGAUGGAAAUAGCAAGGAAGCCCAAUGAGACGCUCAGGUGGAUCCAGGACCUGCAGAAACUCAAUGCGGUAACAAUUAGGGACGCAGGCUCGCUUCGACAGGCCGACUUGUUGGCAGAAUCUCAUGCGGGGCGGAAUAUUUACUCCCUGGUAGAUUUGUACUCAGGAUAUGAUCAGUUGUCGCUUGAUGCGAGGGAUAGACCGUACACCGUAAUGCACACCCCCGUAGGGCAGCUGCAGAUGCAAGUGACCCCUAUGGGUUUUACAAAUGCGGUAGCAGAGGCGCAGAGAAGGAUGCUCGUCGUCGCAGGGGAUAUGUUUCCGGGACAGUGUGAACCGUGUAUAGAUGAUAAUCUCGUAAAAGGCGCAAGGUACAAGGACGAGACGGAGGCCGAGCCGGCCGUACGAAAGUUUGUUUGGGACCACCUGCAGGAUAUUAAGGACCUACUCCAGCGAUUCCUUGUUUACAAUAUUACUGCAAGCGGACCCAAGAGCAUCCUGGCCGUCCCAGAAGUAACCAUACUGGGAUUUCGUUGUGGAGCUUAUGGGAGGAUACCCGACCCAGCAAAGACGGAUAAGAUCUCCCAGUGGGCCGACACCCCUGCGCACCACGACGGAAAUGGGGGACCGCUGGCAGUUGGAGGAGUAUUGAUACAGAGAAGCGAGGAGGGCAAGGAAAGGCCAAUCAGAUUUGAAAGUAGGACCCUGAAUUCGGCAAAACGGCGGUACUCACAGUUCAAGAAAGAGGUCUUAGCGAUUCUGCAUUGUCUUAAGACCUUCCAAGCAUACCUGUUCGGAAGGCGAUUUAUCCUAAGGAUCGAUCCCACCAACGUUGCCGGGGCCCUAAAGAACUAUAAGCCUAUAGAUCUGACCGUUGGCAGAUGGAUAGGCUUCAUAUGGCAAUUCAACUAUACGGUCGAGCGAAUUGCAGGACUUCGAAAUAGGGCAGAUGGGCUGAGCAGGGUAUGUAUCACACCAGAAGGAGUAGAGGACGCGGAACCAAUUGACGCCUUCCUGGAAUACGAACGAGGGACCCUUGUUGUGGAUAAUGAGAUGGCAGAUCCAGUAACUACGACAGGUCAGUUGCUGAUUCAGACCUUGGAAAAGGGCGCACCUGCAGUGGUUGCAGAACUCAGGGAAGGACCAGUCACCACGGUCAGGCGUAAAGAGGAGAAGGACUUGUGGGGAGCAGAAGUAGGGGCUAGAGAAGAGCUGAUGGCGAUGGCCGUGGAAGGGGGCUGGGACGCCGUGAUGACAUUGGUCGAAACCUGGGCACAGAAGGAGUUUCAGUACCUAGUCAAUCUCACUCGGGAGGAGCGGGAGGAUGGGUGGAGGGAGUUCGGAGUUCGGCUGGCAUCAGGAGAAGACCCGUUGAGCAUGUUUGAAAGGGCAUGGCAGUUAUUAUGGCGAGCGGGGUUUGAGUUCGGAGAUCCGGGGGUUGACGAUGUAACAGCGGAUCUUAGGGUAGCCAUGGUCGGGAGUUUCGAAUUGCCUAGUGAAAAUGUACGAAUGAGGCUGCCGCCCUUCCUGCUGGAACGACUGGGCGGUCUGAGACUUAUUAGACAAGCAGUAGCCGACCUCGCAAGCUUGACAUAUGAAGAUGCGAUGGUACAUCGAGAAUACUAUCGAGUCUUCCUAGAAAUGGGCCCGUUCAGUGGAGAGCAAAAGUACGAGGUGUUGCGCAUCCUGCGUGUUGUGUUUAGCACCAGGCCGAGGGCUUCGGUCGUGGGAAGUGAGGUUCUGUGGGGUGUCAUCCGACGGGAAAUAAGUCGAGGGAUGGGGCUAGGUAAAGAAAUGGCGACUGAGGAAGGAAUCGAUGACCAGCAGAGCGGAGGGAAUCAGGGCACGAAUGGGGAUGGGGAACGAAACGAGGGAUCAACAAGGGAUCGAAAGUCAGCCAAACUGGAAGGAACCCGAGAAGACGGAAAGGACGCCUCAAUUGGAGAAAGCUUGGGGAAAGCUGGGGGUAGCAAAAGGGGACCUCAGAAAAACAGGGAAGGGGGAAACGAUAUGAGAACAACCCCUCGAAACUCAGCAGGAGCCACCACUAAAAAGACAAAAGUCUCGGAGGGCAGUCGUAAAUUGGCAGAGAUAGAAAAGCAGACUGCGGAAUUUAAGGCAAGGCUUAUCGAGCAGAUGAUGACCGAGGAUGAAGAGGAACCCCAGGGCGCAGGGUCACGUGAGGGACGCAGGACCGGUCAGGACGAGGCUAGGUAUGAGGGGAAGAAUAAUAGCCACAAAGAAACGCCUAGUAAGAAGGGGAAGGACAAGAACGACCCCCCGACAGAGGAGACGGAAAACGCUAUGMCCCCMCCCGCCAUCGAUAGCGGCACUAGCAGACUGCCCGCCACGCCGAAAGUAACAGGGGCGUGUGACGGACUCUGGAACCUUAGGAAAAAAGUGCUAGGAUGGUUCGACCCAGAAGGAACACCGAAAACCAGGGAGAAGCAGAGGGAAAGCAACGAAGGGGAAGGGACCAGUGCGGCCAGAGAAGCAGGUGGCUCCGAAGAUGGUCUCAAGAGGGUAAUCGUCACCCUCACCAGGACACUAAACAAGAACCAGGGGUAUCUUGCAGAUGCAAAGAAGAAACUUACGUUCGAUGGGGCCAACAUUACGGAAUUUCCAAUUGACUAUGAGAACCUAGCAGCCUUACUGAAAUGGACGGAAGAGGAAAAGAUGGAGCACCUAGGGCAGCACUUGUCGCUAAGCUUGGGAAGGGACAUUAUGGCCAUCGUCGCCUCCAGUGGAUCCUGGAAAGAAACCAGGAAUGAGAUGAUGAGGAAAUACCUGAAGGCAGAGAAAAUGGCGACAGAGGCCGAAUUAUACUUGUACUCAGGAUAUGAUCGGCUGCCGCUCGAUGCGAGGGAUAGACCGUACACCGCAAUGCACACCCCCGUAGGGCAGCUGCAGAUGCAAGUGACCCCUAUGGGCUUUACAAAUGUGGUAGCAGAGGCGCAAAAAAGGAUGCUCGCCGUCGCAGGGGAUAUGUUUCCGAAAAAGUGUGAACCGUAUAUAGAUGAUAAUCCCRUAAAAGGCGCAAGGUACAAGGACGAGACGGAGGUUGAGCCGGGCGUACGAAAGUUUGUUUGGGACCACCUGCAAGAUAUUAAGGACCUACUCCAGCGCUUCCUUGCUUACAAUAUUACUGCAAGUGGUCCCAAGAGCAUCCUGGCCGUCCCGGAAGUAACCAUAUUGGGAUUUCGCUGUGGAGCUUAUGGGAGGAGACCCGAGCCAGCAAAGACGGAUAAGAUCUCCCAGUGGCCGACACCCCUACGCACCACGACGAAAGUACGAGCCUUUCUAGGGGUGGUUGCGUUCUGGAGGAUCUUCAUCAAAGGAUUCGCAAAGAUAGCAGAGCCUAUCCGCUCAAUUAUUAGGGAAGGCGACACUAUGAAUUGGACCGAGGAUAGGGAAGCGGCAGCCCCGACCCUGAAAGACAUCCUGUCAUCUGAUCAGGUCACUCUAGCAACACCCUGUUUCAAUAACAAGGAAGGACGACCUUUCAUCUUAGAAACAGACGGGGGACCGCUGACAGUUGGAGGAGUAUUGAUACAGAGAAGCGAGGAGGGCAAGGAAAGGCCAAUCAGAUUUGAAAGUAGGACCCUGAAUUCGGCAAAACGGCGGUACUCACAGUUCAAGAAGGAGGUCUUAGCGAUUCUGCAUGGUCUUAAGACCUUCCAGGCAUACCUGUUCGGAAGACGAUUUAUCCUAAGGAUCGAUCCCACCAACGUUGCCGGGGCCCUGAAGAACUACAAGCCUAUAGACCCGACCGUUGGUAGAUGGAUAGGCUUCAUAUGGCAAUUCGACUAUAAGGUCGAGCGAAUUGCAGGGCUUCGAAAUAGGGCAGAUGGGCUGAGCAGGGUAUGUAUCACACCAGAAGGGGUAGAGGACGAGGAACCAAUUGACGCCUUCCUGGAAUACGAAGGAGGGACCCUUCAUGUGGAUCAUGAGAUGGCAGAUCCAGCAACUACAACAGGUCAGUUGCUGAUUCAGACCUUGGAAAAGGGCACACCUGCAAUGGUUGCAGAACUCAGGGAAGGACCAGUCACCACGGUCAGGCGCAGAGAGGAAAAAGACUCGUGGGGAGCAGAAGUAGGGGUCAGAGAGGAACUGAUGACAAUGACCGUCGAAGGGGGACGGGACGCCGUGAUGACGUUGGCCGAAACCUGGGCACAGAAGGAGUGUCAGUACCUAGUCAACCUCACUCAGGAGGAGCAGGGUACGGAUCAGAAGGAACAAGAGUUCUUCCUCAUACAGAUGUACGAGGGCGUCUUCAAAGAAAUCGGUCGACUGCUUGUAGGGAACAAACAACCCACGGAAGUCAGUCCCGAGGCAAGGGAGGAAGUAGAAAAGUGUGUCCUAAGAAAUGACCAUCUGUUCAAGAAAGAGGAAGGGAUGACACCUAGACGCGUCAUUUGUGGGAGGUAUAGGCAGCUGGACGUAAUUCAGGCAAUGCAUGAUGGGUUAGCCGGAGGUCACCGGUCGUCUAAGAGAACACUUGCGAAGAUCGUGCCCCUCUACUUUUGGCCAGGGAUGGCAAGCAUGGUCGCAACGUAUUGUCAAACGUGUCUGAUAUGUCAAGAAAGGAGCGUCGUACGAGUUUACGAGCCCCUUAGACCCACCCUGGUGCUGGGACCCGGACACCUUGUUCACCUCGACCUUGCCGUUAUGCCCGUAUCAACGGAUGGGUUUAGAUACAUCUUGGAUGCAAGGGAUAAUCUCAGUGGCUAUGUAGAAGUCGUAACCCUCAAGAAGAAGACAGGGAAAGCAGUGGCCGACUGGGUGGAAGAUUUCUACCUAAGGCGCCCCUUCGUGCGCAGGUUUAUAGGGGACAAUGGGACAUAAUUCGUUAACCAGGAAGUGUU